ACUGUUCGCCCCAUCACCAUCAACCGUCGGCACCACACCGUCCACCCUGACGCUCCUUCUCGUGGUGCAGCAGCAGCAGCCGCCGGAGCGGAAGCAGCAUGGCAACCACCGGCGACCCGCUGAGCCGGCCGCUGCUCUCGGAGCAGACGGGCAGCACGAGUACGGCCAGCGGCCCGACCAUCCCGAUCUGUACAAUCUUACCCUGACGGCGAUGCGCCAGUACCUGCGCAACCACCUGAACGCGUCCCGGUACGGGAAGGCACCGCGCAAGCGCUCCCAUCUGCACGUGGACGCGGUGGACGUGGAGUUCUACCGGCGGUUCAAGGAGUUCAACACCAGCCAGGCCGUGCUGGAUGGAGUGGCCGGUCUGGGGUCGUAUGCGCUCGGUCCUACCCCGAACGGUUCGGUCGGGAUCGGCACGGACACGGCGGAUCGCGAUGGUCCAGCGGAACCGUUGCCGAGCGUGGUGAACGUUACGCCCGUGCCGGUGGUGUCCUCGUCGGUGGCACCGCCGGCCACUACCGGCCAGCGCGAUUACAGCGUCCUCAUGGACGAUCCGCGCGGCUACAUCACGGUGUCCUCCUCGUUCCCGUUGCGGCCGGGCAAAACGUCCACCACUUGGAACUCCACCUUCGCCCAGCACAGAGGCUACAUCUACUGGUUGGUGUCGUUCUCCGUGCUCUGCGCCCUGGUCCUUGGGCUGUUCGGCGUGUUUCGCUGCCUGCGCGCGACGACCACCGGUACGCGAGCGACCGCCGAAGCGCUGACGCUGCCGAUCCAGUUCCUCACCGACGAUCUUGCUCCUCUAGACGCCAACUUGAACCACCUGCCGGUACCCAUGCUAUCGGUACAGUCACCGGGCUGCGCGGGGAUGGAGCGGCUCGGCGUUCCUGCCCGCGGUUCCAUCGGAUCACCACCGUUAAGGAACGAACGGGCGGGCUUCCAUCACCAACAGCAGUCACAACAGCAGCAACAGCAGCAGCAGCAGCAGCAACAACAAUCGCAACAAACUCCACAACAGCAGCAACAGCAGCAGCAGUCAGCGCAACAGCAGCAACAAUCGCAGCAAAACCACCACCGCCAUCAUCAUCAUCAUCACAAUCACCAUCAUCAUCCACACCAGUAUCAUCAGCAGACGGCGGUGGCGUCAUCCGGGCACAGCAACCUGCGGUUCAGCAGCAGUGAUCUGAUACUGAGCAGCACCACCAGUAGCAACUUUCGCAGCAACAACCACAAUCAAUCCUAUCUGUUCAUUCCGCACCAAUCGAACAACGUCGGUGGUGGUGGUGGUGGUGGUGGUGGUGGUGGUAGUAGUAGUGGUAGCAGUAGCAUCAACUACAAGACGCACUAUAGCAAUAGCUCGUACGGUGGCAGUAGCAUCGGCAGCUCGGCCAGCUCCAACCCGGUGACGACCGGCUUCCCGCACUGCAUCUACCAUGUGCCGCUGCCGGACGGGGAGUUUGGACCGGAUCGGGACCUGCGGAUACGGACACCGUGCCAGCAAUCGGAAAUACCUCGAACGUACGUGAAAGCCCCACCGAACAAGACCGUGCGUGACGUGCCCGUGCAGUACCAGUCGACGGGUGGGAUCACGACGCACGGCACCACCACCACCGCCACCAUGACCGGUACCGGCGGCAGCUCCAGCCUCGCCAGCUCCAUGGUGGACGUCGGGAGCUACUACGGCAGCGCGAAGACAAUCGCCGGACGGCCGGCGGGUGACGGUGGCCGUCUGGCAGCGGCCACACCCGGGCCCAGUUUAGGCGGUGGCACCACGAACAGCGCCACCUGUCAGCAGAAAUCGGUCGACAAGCUGCAGAAGAUUUUCCGGUUUUUGCCAGGUAAAGCCACUAAAUCUUCCACUUCAUCAUCAUCAUCGUCGUCCUCCUCGUCGACGUCGUCGUCGUCGUCCUCUGCUUCCUCCACCUCGUCAUCCUGCGGCGGUGGCAUGAAGCACGCCAGUAAUAUUAACAACAAUCAUCAAGGCGCUGGCACGGGCGUGCUGCCCGGCAGUAGCCACACUAGCAGCACCGCCAGUCUCAACAACAACAACAACGUCGGCGGCGGCGGCGGCGCCCUCGGUAGCAUAAGCGGAUCCUAUGGACCUAGCAGUAGUAGCGUUAUUAGUAGCAAUCACGCCAACAACAAUCGCGUCGGGUGCGGUGUUGGCGGCAGUAGCGGUAGCAGCGGCGGCGCCAGUAGCGCUGGCAGCAACAUUCGAGUCGAUGGUCGCGGCGGCUUAAGCUUAGCGGCGCCCGGUGCCGGCAUCCACAAUCACAACCAGCACUAUCGAUCUCCUCCCACGCCGGCGGUGGUGGCGGCCCCCUCACCGACCUCCUCGUCGGUGUCCUCCUCGUCCACGGCGUCCUCCCCGACAUCGUUAAGCGGCGCGAGGCCAUCGGAAGCGACCGGCCCGGGCGCGGAACCGGGCCACGCACCCUUCACGAUGUGACCGACGGUAAGCGGCGGCGGCGGUGGUGGACGACGCAUCGUGGGCAGUGCAGUGAGCAGUCUUUGAAUUAGGCCUGCCUUCGCGCGCAUCAUCUUGCCCGAUCGUCGCAUCCUCCGUCGUUGGCCGCAGCCGCUUAGUGUCGUACCCCAAUUAUUUAGCUAAUCGAUGUCGUGAUACUAUUUGUGAUGAAGAGUUAGAAAUGGGCAUGGAGUGACGGGCUCUGGAGUGUGCUGGUCGUGUUGCGGUGGCAAUGCGGGAUUGGGCUGCUAAAGUAAGGGAUGGACUGGAUUGGGGCAAGCAAACAAAAGCUGUCAAAUAGCAUUGCGGGUCGCAACGAAUCGAAAGGCCAAGUACAAAUCUUAGCUCUACUGUGACGGCGCGAGCGUGUUGAUCGUUUUCUUCGGUAACGGUAACAAAUAGGAUCGUUUGUAACGUGUAACGUCUGCUCCAUUUUGUAUUGCACUGUGACCGAUACUAGUCAUAGAAUUGUAACUCGUGGAAGGUGCCUUUCCACGAUCUUACCUUGGUCGUUGUGUUCUACGGCAAAGCGUGUCCUACACGCGCCCACUGGAUGUUUUUAUUCGUGAAAUCUUAUUCAAACUAAUGUAAAAAAAACCCCCAACAUUGAAACAUGGGAUCGAUCGUUGAGAUUGAUUUUUUGUUGUUGUUGUGUUUUGCUCCUUACAACUCUCCCCUAUCGAGCUCAUGAGCCUGCUUCGAAGCCUCAAAACCCGCGUCACAGCAAUGUUUAAAUAGGAAGUAGCAAAUAUUAAUCGUAGAACAUGUAACAAAAACACACACAUACACACGCCGCUGGAACUAAUUUAGUCCGCUCUGACCAUAUACUCUUGUAUUGCCCAGUGACAACAUAAACAUAAACAUAAACAUAAACAACACAGCCUGAAGAAGAUUAGGCAGGAGGCUGCACACGGGCCAGCAUUAAACAGCGAUGAAGGGAAGGAGCAGUACAUUUAAAACAAAGGAAAGAAAGAAAACGGUAAAAAAAAAGUAAAUACACAACAAGAAUCGAGCUGUACAUUUUAUGCGCGUAUCUUAAGAUUUCUAAGCAUAACUAAACUACAAAACUAGAUUUUUAAAAGCAAACACCAUAGGUAGAGAGAGCGAGGGAGAGAGAGAGAGAGAGCGAAAAAGGAUGAAAGGAAAGAAUUAGAUGGAAACGGUAGAAAGGAAACGAAACGCGAACGGAUUGAACCGAAUGGGAGUAAAGGAAGGGAAAAGAAGGUGAACAAUAUUGUAAAAAAAAACUAUUAUAAAUUAAACUAAAACAAACUUCGAUGUGCAACAACACGCCCUAUGCGGUUUAGGAGAGCGUGAGCGAGCACAGCAUUGAAAAGGGGGCGGGAAAGAAGUACGAGACGUACACGCGGUUUAUUUAGUCGAAAUCGAGCGCAAGAAAGGGAAGAGAAAACACGUGGAAAAAAGCACACACCCACUCAAAAAUACACUUAUACCAGGUGGCAACCAACAAGUAAACCAAUGAAUAAAGGGAAAAAUAAGCGCGAACCAGGGCCGCGUUAAAGGAUAACUAUGUGUGUGUGUGUGUGUGUGGUUGGGAUGCGUCGUUGUUGCGUUUGUGGUGUGAUUCGAAAGAAAGCGUGCCGACGACGUCUGUCUCUCACUUUCUCACUCUUCCCCGACAGACGGGCGCGUUCCUGGCGGACGGCGAAAGGAAGGACGAACUCUAUGAGCAGGUGUGUACGUGUGUGUAUGUGUGUGCGUUAAAAUGUGUGUGUGUGUUUGUGUGAUGGAAUGGAAUCUAGCAAAAAUGUUCUAUUUGUUAUAAGUUGUAUUAUUUAAGUAAAUCAAUUUGUCACUUGCGAGAAGUAUAGCAGAGUGUGGGUAGGGAUGGUGAGUGUGAACCAUGUUUGCAUGUUUUUUUCGUCCUAUGCGUGAGAGUGUGUGUGUGUGUGUGGUAAAACAGUGAGAGAGAGAGAGAGAGAGAGAGAGAGAGAGAGAACGUUAGGGAAAGAGCAUAAGCAUUCAUAGGCGAAAUAGUGGCGAGUCAAUCAAAGAUAAACAUUAUUCAUAGACAAAUAUGCCCAAAACUACAUACAUUUGCUCACAACAGCACACAUAGAACUGCAGCAUGCAAUGCUGAUCGAAGAAUAAUAACACACAUACACACACAAAACACAGUGUAACUCAAACGUAUCGCUUAGUAAUCGCUUAGUAAACAGAAGCUCCUUAGGAGGUUGAGGAGGCAAGGCAUUCGAAUCAAUAGUCAUACAUGUUCUGCAAUAAACAGGAAACCGAAGGAUAAUAAUAACGAAAUACUAACUACCACCACUACUGGCUACUACCACAACAACAACUACUACUACUAUUCAUUACUGUUACUAUCAAUAUUGCUGCAUUGUAUUACCGGAUAGAGACAGUUGCCGCAAAGCCAUUUACCAACAACAGCAAAAUACAAUAAAACAAACUACCGCUUCUGCUACUAUACACAAAUGCUCGCUCGUAAUAAAAAAAAACCUACAAUUUGUGUGCCACAAAUGUUCACCUCAAAUUGCAAACAAAACAGCAGCAGCCACAAACACUAACUGCCCCUGCAAAACGGGGUCCACUGAAUGCAUACAUUUUCCUCACACAACAAAACAAUAAAUGAAAAUAGCGCAACAAAACCAGAGAGUAGUGAAACCAGAAAGCGAAGAAUAGGAUAAGAAUAUAGAAGGAGUAACAAACACAACAAAACAAAACAGAAGGUAAAACAAUGAACAACAGAUCAGUGUUUGCUCUCCGCAGCGCCAACUACAGCGAAAAAAGCGAAACUAAAACUAUCUUUUAGCUAAAUAAUGUGUGUACUAAUGACUCUUGUGCAAACACCUUUUUAUUUAGCGAAUGCAACAACCACGCAAAAAAGUAACAAGAAGAAGAAGAAGAAAAAACCGCACACCAGGAAUCCACUAUAACUACUACCACUACUACUAAUACUACUUACGACUACUACUAACUACUACAACUACUUGGCUGGGAAUGUGUAAUCUUUCUAAUAGUAUGAAAAUGUGUGAAGCACCAGAACCAGCAAAAUGAAGAGAGAGAGAGAGAGAGAGAGAGAGAGAGAGAGAGAGAGAGAGAGAGAGAGAGAGAGAAAAACUGCUGAACAGGGAGCUGAAGAGUUUUAAAGAGAGACGUUUAGUAUCUUAACUAUUAUAGUUUCAAUUAGCAUGGAUUAUUGUCAGUACUAAUGUUAUUAUUUAAAAAGGGGAAAGAGGUCCCUUACAAACUAAACCCCCCCGUGCAUGUCAAACAGGCUCGGUGAGUGUGGUGUAAAAAAAAGCAAAACAGUGAAACGGCUCUAGCGAUAAGAAAACAGGCAUAAGGGAAAGUCAACAGGGUGGAGUGUUUGAGAUAGGAAAAUUUGUAAAACAAGUAAAGCAAGUAAGCAGCAAGGGCGACAAAAAAGAAGGAGAACGGUUCGUCCACGGAACGCGCCUAAAUGUAGGCAAUUGCAUUAACACUUCCUUUUGAAUGUAAGCAACCGAUGGGGACGGUGUGUUUGUGUGUGCCUGUGCUGCCGGGAGUGAAUAUAGGGACAGAAAUGGAAUGUGUUCUUCACACACAUGCAUGCACACCAGGUAACGAGAUAAACAAAAAAUAUAUUUAUUGUGUAGACCCCGUUCUUUUUUUGUUUCUUAUUUUAAUAAUGAUGGGUAACAACAGUAAUGCAAAUGUGUUUUAUUUUAGAUCAAAUGGUUAGAAGUAGCCCGAUAGCGAGUGAGAGAGAGAGAGAGCAGAUCAGGGUUCACCAUGUGUGGCUUAAUUUGCGCGCGAGUUUGGACAGCUUCAGGGGGAGGGGUUGAUUGUUUGUAGACAAACGAGCAGAAAAGAGCAGCAAGAUUUGAUCUGUUGCAUAGUGAAUUGGAAAAUCCAAACCCUUGAAACUGGGCCAAUCU